CCUGCAGUCCAACCCUGUUUCUAUGACAACAUACUAGUUGUAAACUGGAAUUCAAUCUUCAAUCUUUCACUGGUCAUCAUCAUCAGCUUCUCUUGUAGUCCGAUAGCUCGCUGCCUAAAUAGGUAUUAGUAAACACCUACAAUUUCGCUCUUCCUUAGAUAGAGAAAAACAACUAUAGAAAUGAAUACUGAUACAGAUCGUCGACCUACAAAGUAUGGUAUCAAAACCGGCUAUAAUGCUGAUGAUGGCGUUAACGGGACAUCAAGCGGCCCUGCAUCACAAAUUCCCGGACUGUCUCAAGAUGCUAACAACGGUCCUGAGGAGAGGAGCCGCGGGCGCCGUGUAGGAGUUAUGGACACAGACUCUGUUUAUGUAAAACUGGCAAAACAAGGAGGACAGAAGGGCCUGCUUUGGCACGAGGAGACCAACUUGGAAUCCAAACCUAACCCAGCAUACCAGGCCCCUGACUGGUUUGCUGAAGGUUCACAAAAUCAAGAGGCUGUAAGUCUACACAAUGCCCUGUCUUCUUUUAGCCCAACUGAAAACGAGAAAACUGUACGUACACCAGAUGCCCCCUUUGGAAGUGACAACAAGUCGACUUGGGAGCGCGAGGCAGACAGAGAGAAGAAAUGUGGAGACCCUGCUAGCAGCCAGAUGGAGAAGCUGGCCUUGACCGAAGAGGAGCGACACGAUGCAAGCAAGUUCAAGAAAACGGCUCAAAAUAAGAAACCAGAAGCUGUCAGCAUGUCCAAGCUGCUGAGCUUUGGCUACGUUGAGAAUGAGCCCUCAGGCGUCUCAGCCUCUGAUGUUUCCCAGGACUAGAGCAGAGCUGUGUCGGACGUUCUUCCCCCCCAGAGUUCUCCCCCAUGAUCCUAGCUGUUACCUGCCCACAUACACCUCACCGUUCUGUUCUAGAAACUAAAAGUUAGCUUCAAGUUAAAGUAGCUGCACCACUCGUCAAGUUAGCCGUUCCAAGACAUGUAUACAAGUGGGAAAUGAGAUAAUGCGUUUAGUUUGAGUUGUUAGAUCAGCUCUUUGCUGUGCCUGUCAUCGUUGCCUCUGCACUGUGACUGUAUGACGACAAAGUCCUUGCUAAACUAAGUUAUGCCAAGAUUGUUUGGAAGGGUGACUUUUGUAAAAGGAGCAUGGCUUACAGUGCCUCCUCUAAAAUGAGCUGUUCCGUGUUUGGACAUGUUGUCUUUGUGCUCCUCAUGGUAAAAUAAAAAUGAAGUGAUUCCUUC